CUUUGGCAAGACAAGAGUUGUCUGAAGAGGGAAGACCCUGAAAGUGAUAAACCAGGUAGAUCGACGACACACGCUAGUUAACCCUAACCCUCAGACGCCUUCAAGGGUUAGUAAAUUCAUCUUGACCCGAGGAGGUCACCCGAGGUCACCCGACGCGCUGCGGCGCGGUUAAGCUGCCCAGAAAUUUCAAGCAGGGUCGUCGGUGAGGAAGCAAAAAGCUGCGCAUAUCCCUCCUAACACCACCCAUGCCUCGAGGUAGCCACGCCGCGCUCAAAUGCUCGAACAGACGCUUGCAAUGACAUGCCUCGGCCGAGAAGGAUGCUGAAACCGACUUUUUCCUCGCUCGUCACCAAGCGCCUCUUCGCCCCGGGCUGGACGUGCGCCCGGUGCCGCAGCAGUCAACUCUCUCGAACGAGCUUGUUCCGGCUCCGGCAACUGCGGCCGGAGGCGGCGCGGCUGCGAUGCUGCUGUCAGUCGGGGACGACGUGAGGAACGGCUACGACGCAAUAGAGCGCACGGGACGAGUGGCGGCGACUCUUGUUUUAUGUAUCAACGACUACCGAACAACGUUAAACCAACGAGAGAAGCUCGAAGAUGCUGAGGAGAAGGAACAUGUUCUCAAGGCCUGCCACAAACGAUGCGCUGAGAGGACGCUGAAGGUACUAGAGAAGAAUGGUGGGAUAUUCAUUAAGCUCGGCCAGCACUUGAGCGCCAUGAACUACCUCCUCCCCGCGGAAUGGACGACGACCUUCAUACCCCUGCAGGACAGAUGCCCCGUGUCCUCGUUCGAAUCGAUUGAGCAGAUGUUCAGGAAGGACACAGGGGAGGAGCUGUGGGACUACUUCUCCGAGUUCUCGCCCGAGCCGAUUGGCGCCGCUUCGCUCGCACAAGUCCACCUCGCAACAAUCAAGGAGACGGGGCAGAAGGUGGCCGUCAAGGUGCAACAUCCGAGCCUGGAACAAUGGUCCAAGUUGGACAUGUCGCUCACCAGCUUCACCUUCUCGACCCUGAAGCGCUUCUUCCCCGAAUACGACCUCGAGUGGCUGUCGUCCGAAAUCGAGGUCUCGCUUCCGAUCGAGCUGGACUUCCGAUGCGAGGCGGAGAAUGCGCGGCGCACGAAGGAAUACUUUGCUCGCAUCCCGGAGCUGCCGCUCGUCAUCCCGGACGUCGUCUGGGCGAAGAGGCGCAUUCUCGUCAUGGCCUACGAGACGGGACGCCGGCUCGACGACCUCGAGUAUCUCGACUCGAACGGGAUCGACCGCGACGAGGUGUCGGCCACGCUGGCGCGGAUAUUCAACGAGAUGAUCUUCGGCGACGGCGCGCCGCUGCACUGCGACCCUCACGGCGGCAACAUCGCGAUCCGCAAGAACCCGGCCCGGCGGGGGGCCAACUUCGACAUCAUCCUGUACGACCACGGCCUGUACCGGGACAUCCCGCAGUCGUUACGGCGCUCGUACGCCAAGAUGUGGCUGGCCAUCAUCGACGGCGACAUGGAGCGCAUGAAGAGGUACGUGACCGAGGUGGCCGGCGUGGGCGAGGACAAGUUCCCGCUGUUCGCGUCGGCCAUCACGGGGCGCGACUUCAGCGUCGUCAGCUCGUCGAUCCUGAAGCCCAAGGACGCGAGCGAGCAGAAGGCGAUGAGCGGCGCGCUGCAGGACGGCCUGCUCGCCGAUCUGGUGCAGAUGCUCGGCCAGGUGCCGCGCAUCAUCCUGCUCAUCCUCAAGACCAACGACCUGACCCGCAGCCUGGACGAGAACCUGCGCACGCGGCAGGGCCCCGUGCGCCAGUUCCUCAUCCUGGCCCGCUACUGCACCCGCACCGUGUUCCACGAGCAGCUCGAGGAGAUCCGCCGGCGCGGCUCGCUGUACUGGCCGCCUAACGCGCUGCGCGUGCUGGCCGCCUGGCUGGGGCUGCUGAGGGUCGAGAUCAAGCUGGAGGCGUUCGAGUUGUGGAUCGGCGUCAAGCGCAUGUUUGGGUACAAAAACUCUUCAGUCUUGGGCGGCAUGGCAUAGAGAGAUACCUCGGUUUGGGUUGG